UGAAACCCUGUCUCUACUAAAAAUACAAAAAAAUUAGCCAGGCAUGGUGGCAGGCGCCUGUAAUCCCAACUACUCGGGAGGCUGAGGUGGAGAAUUGCUUGAACCUGGGAAGCAGAGGUUGCCCUGAGCCGAGAUCGCACCACUGCACUCCAGCCUGGAUGACAGAGCACGACUCAGUCUCAGGAAAAAAAAAAAAAAUGUGAGAUACCACUUUAUACCCACAAGGUGGCCUUCAUUUAAAAAAAACAAAAAACAGAUAAGACCAGGCACGGUGGCUCACACCAUAAUCCCAGCACUUUGGGAGGCAGAGGCGGGCAGAUUACCUGAGGUCGGGAGUUCAAGACCAGCAUGACCACGGAGAAACCCCAUUUCUACUAAAAAUACAAAAUUAGCCAGGUGUGGUGGCGCAUGCCUGUAAUCCCAAGGUACUCUGGAGGCUGAGGCAGGAGAAUUGCUUGAACCCAGGAGGCAGAGGUUGCGGUGAGCUGAGCAUGCCAUUGCACUCCAGCCUGGACAACAAUAGCGAAACUCCAUCACCAAAAACAAAACAAAAAAAAAAACCCAAAAAAACAGAUAAUAAGUGUUGGCAAGGAUGUGAGUGAGGAAAUUUGAACUGUCAUAUGGUGUUGGUAGGAAUGUAAAAUGUUCAGCCACUAUGGAAAACCAUAUGGCAGUUUCUCAAAGGUUUGAUGUAGAGUUACCAUAUGACUCAGCAAUUUCAUUCCUUAAUAGUGAGAAAUGAAACCAUGUCCACAUAAACACUUGUAUGCAAAUGUUCACAGCAGCAUUAUUAAUUAUAUCCAAAAAGUGGUAAUAAACCAAAUGCCUAUCAACUGAUGAAUUAAUGUGAUAUAGCCAUACAGUGAAAUACUAUUCAGCAAUAGAAAGGAGUGAAAUAUUGAUUUGUGCUACAACAUAGAUGAACUUGAAACAUGUUAAGUGGUAGAAGCCAGGCACAAAAAUCACGAUUCCAUUUUUAUGAAAUAUCCAGAAUAGGUGAAUCCCCAUCUCUACUAAAAAUACAAAAAUUAGCCGGGCUUGGUGGCACACGCCUGUAGUCCCAGCUACUCAGGAGGCUGAGGCAGGAGAAUCGCUUGAACCCGGGAGGUGGAGGUUGUAGUGAGCUGAGUUCACACCACCGCACUCCAGCCUAGGCAACAGAGUGAGACUCCAUCUCAAAAAAAAAAAAAAAAAAAUGUCCAGAAUAGGCAAAUCUGUAGUAGGCAGCAAAUUAGCAGUCACCUAGGGAUAUGGGGAUAUGGGCACACAUGGAGAAAUGGCAAGUGGCUGUUAAUGGGCAUGGGAUUUCUUUUUGGGUGAUGAAAGUGUUCUAAAAUCGAUUAUGGUGAUCCUCAAUUCUGUGAGCUUGCUAAAAACCAUUGAAUUACAUAUUUUAAAUUGUGAGUUAUGUGGUACAUGGACUAUCUCAUUAAAGCUGCUACUUAAAAAAUGGGCUGAGCCCUUUCCCCUGGCUGGCAGCUCGCAGGCCGGGCCGCAUGAUGCCUGGAGUUACUGUAAAAGACGUGAACCAGCAGGAGUUCGUCAGAGCUCUGGCAGCCUUCCUCAAAAAGUCUGGGAAGCUGAAAGUCCCCCAAUGGGUGGACACCGUCAAGCUGGCCAAGCACAAAGAGCUUGCUCCCUACGAUGAGAACUGGUUCUACACGCAAGCUGCUUCCACGGCGUGGCACCUGUACCUCCGGGGUGGCGCUGGGGUUGGCUCCAUGACCAAGAUCUAUGGGGCACGUCAGAGAAAUGGCGUCAUGCCUGGCCACUUUAGCCGAGGCUCCAGAAGUGUGGCCCACCGGGUCCUCCAAGCCCUGGAGGGGCUAAAAAUGGUGGAAAAGGACCAAGAUGGGGGCUGCAAACUGACACCUCAGGGACAGAGAGAUCUGGACAGAAUCGCCGGACAGGUGGCAGUUGCCAACAAGAAGCAUUAGAACAAACCAUGCUGGGUUAAUAAAUUGCUUCAUUCGUUAAAAAAACAAAACAAAACA